AUGACCAACCCAGAGCAAUCAAAGUUCAGCUCCUUUUCCGCCAAAAUGGGAAAGGUUCAUGAAUAUCUAGGCUUCCGGAAAAAGUACAAUUUCAUCCUCUUCGUCAACUUUGCCGGCGCGUUGAUGGGUUUUACUUUAGCCCGUCUCAUGUAUCUUAACUUCGAUAAGAUAUUUUGCGGUCCAGGAUUUAGUGCCAGCCAACGCGCUCUGCCAGGAGAGUGUUACUACUACCGCAAGUUCACACUCGAUCGGAUUGGAAUAAUCAUGCAUCUUGCAUGCAUCUUACCCGCAUCCUUUCUUGUAUGCUGGCAGUUUGUUCCUAUCAUCCGUCACAAGGCGAUUCUCUUCCACAGGAUCAACGGCUACGUCAUUUUGGUAUUGUCUGUUCCAGGGACACUUGGCGCGCUGCUAAUUGCCAGGCAUGCUGUGGGCGGCGGCUUGGUUGUUCAGGUUGAUGUCGGGUUUCUCGGCCUCAUAUUCCUCGGCUCACUUCUCAUCUCAUUCAUUCAAAUCAAGAGAUUGCAGAUAGAACAACACCGCGCCUGGAUGCUCCGAGCUUGGUUUUAUGCCGGCGCUAUCAUCACGAUGAGGCCAAUUCUGUUCAUCGCAGCCCUCAUUGUCAGCAAGCAAAGAGGUUAUUUUGUUUCCUUUCCUUGUGCCGUCAUCGAACACAUGUUGGGAAAUGUCGACGCUGCGAAUGCUACCGCCUUGUUGUUUGAGGGUUGUACUCCCUACAUGUCUGGGGAGAGCCCUAAUCAGCAGGUCAUUGUUGAGGCCAACUACUUCACAAGAACUACCCCAGCUGAAACGGCUGCGGCUUUUCAUGUCAGCUUUGGAAUGGCUGGAUGGUUAGCAGGCGUGAUUCACGCAAUUGGUGUUGAAGUUUACUUGCGUCUCACACCACGUGAAGCUGAGAGGCUCAGGCACGUGUCAUAUCAACGGCAGCUUGAGGCUGGUAUGCGCAACCCUGGAAGUGCUGGCUUGACAAUCGACAGAUUGGGAGAUGCUGAAAAGUGGAAGCCAAAAAUUCAGGAAGAAGGCUGUGAGGGGGUGGUGAACGCACAGGCUGCGGUGAGCCCCGCCAAUGAUGUUGAAAGCUUGCAUUUGCCAGAAAAGCAACUCAGGAGAAGUUCCGCCAGUAUAUAA